GGCUAGUUCCUUGAGUCCUAUAGAGAGUAAAAGAAUAAUAACGAUGAAGACUUUAGUUGUUUUUGCUUGCCUGGUUUUAUCGGUGUUGGCUGCUGAUAAGUAUAACGCAAAGUAUGAUAACUUCGACGUGGAGACAUUAAUUACAAACGAGAGACUGCUUAAAUCGUAUGUCAAUUGCUUCUUGGAUAAAGGCAGAUGCACAGCUGAAGGAUCCGAUUUUAAAAAAACAUUACCAGAGGCGGUCGAAACAGUCUGCGGUAAAUGUACCGAGAAGCAAAAGGUUAACAUAAGGAAAGUUAUUAAAGCUAUUCAACAAAAAUUCCCGAAACAAUGGGAAGAACUCGUUAAGAAAAAUGAUCCUUCUGGAAAACACCGAGCCAACUUCGAGAAAUUCAUCCAGGGUAGCUAAAAAAGCUAAUGCUUUGCUUAGCUUAGCCAAUUUAAAAUAGCAUUUAAGUGACUUAAUAAUAAGGUUUAAUUUUAAUAUUUCAAAUAAAAAUAAAUUGGUAUUGAGAUGAGUGAUAGAGAUAACGAAGAUGUGUGAUUCUUAGAUUCAAUGUGAUAUGAUAUUGUUUGCGUCAUGUUGAGGAAACCGCUUGAAAAUGGUGGAAAAUGUUUAUUUAUUAUUCUUAUUGGUGUUGACUGAUUGUAAUAAAUGAUAAAGUAUA